AUGGCGUCAACUUCGAGACCAAGAGACCGCAGCGACUUUCGCGUCGCCAUCUUCUGCGCUCUCCCGCUAGAAGCCGAUGCCAUCUUCCUACUCUUUGAUCAUUUUUGGGACGACGGCGACUCGAGUUACGGCCGCGCCGAGGGCGACCCAAACCACUACACGAACGGUCGGAUUGGGCAGCAUGAUAUCGUCCUCGCCCAUCUGCCAGGGAUGGGGACGCAGAACGCAGCAGCAGCGGCGGCGAGUCUUAGAACUAGCUACACCGAGUUGAAGCUGGUGUUCCUAGUCGGCAUAUGCGGCGGAGUGCCCGAGAUCGAUGGCGUUGAUGCCUUCUUGGGCGAUGUAGUCAUCAGCAGGAGUAUUGUCCAGUAUGACUAUGGCCGCCGAUAUCCCGACCGCUUCGAAGUGAAAGCAACAACGGAAGAUAGCCUCGGGCGGGCGAACAAGGAUAUUCGGGGAUUGCUCGCCUCCUUCGAAACGGACCGGGAGAAGGCGCGACUGGAAGACAAGGCUGGAAGGUAUCUCCAAGACAUACAAAACAAAACAGAGCCAUCCGGCCCGCGGCGUCUGAAGGGUGGCCGGAAAUACAGGAACCGGGGGUUGGGUAAAGAUCGACUCUACAAGGCCGAUUACAUCCACAAACACGAUGAAGGAUGCAAUGUGUGUCGGCGAGGACCAUGUGAGCAGGCAACUAAAACCUCAUGCUCCGAUCUUGGCUGUAGUGCUUCCAAAUUGGUUCUGAGAACUCGGUCCUCGGAUAGAAAUGACGAUAACUAUAAACCUGCAAUUUUUAUCGGAAAAAUCGGGUCAGGUAGCACCGUCAUGAAGUCUGGCAAGGAUAGAGAUCGAAUCGCCGAGGAGCAUGACAUUGUUGCAUUUGAAAUGGAGGGAGCAGGUGUUUGGGACGAGGUUCCCUGUCUCAUUGUUAAGGGCAUCUGCGACUAUGCGGACAGCCACAAGGAUAAAAGAUGGCAAGACUUUGCGGCUGCCACAGCGGCUUCCGUGAUGAAGGCGAUCCUGGGCAGAUACAAUUCGAAUGCUCCUCGUCGGCUUCCCCCUCACUGCCAUACUAUUCCUUAUAUCCGCAACCAGGAGGUUGUCAAGCGCCAAGCAGAAGUGGAAAAACUGCACCAGCUUCUCUCAAACUCAUCGGCAUGCCAAGUGGCCGCUCUUUGGGGACUUGGAGGGUCAGGAAAAACGCAAAUAGCUCUAGAAUACGCCUACCAAAGAUGGGAUGCUCGAGAUUGCUCCGUUUUUUGGGUACAUGCUGACAUGGAAGCUACAUUCGUCCAGAAUUAUAAGACUAUCGCCCGAAAACUGGGCUUGGAUGACACCCAAAAUGAAGAGAACCUCUUGGGGGCUGUCCGAGACAGAAUCGAAUCUCUGGAGAGCUGGGUACUUGUCAUUGAUAAUACUGAUGACAUCAAAGUCUUCCUCCCUGGUCAAAGUGCUAAAAAGACUGCGAAUUUGAUCCGCUAUAUCCCCCAGUCAGCUGGAAAGUCCGGAACAGUACUGUGGACGAGCCGGGAUGAGAGGAUUGACGAAAUUGUUGGAUCCGGCCGAGCGAUUGAGAUCUCCCGAAUGACAGAGGCAGAGGGACGGGAGCUGCUGUACACCAAAUGGAACAAGAAGGACAGCGGUGCCAAAGAUGCCACAAUCACCAAGCUAUUGGCAGAGCUUGAGUGGUUAGCACUAGCAAUCAGCCAGGCUGGUGCCUUUAUGAGACGAACCCAGACCCGGGCCAAUGAGUAUCUGAGUAUGCUUUCCAAAAAGAAGCACCGAUGGGCACUAUUCAAAGCGAGUGAGACAGCAGGAAUCCAGCAGACGCCAGGGGUUCCUAACAGUUUACUUGGAACGUGGCAUAUCUCCAUCGAGCGCAUGCAAAAGGAAAAUCAACUGGCCUAUCACAUAUUGAAUGCAUUGGCAUAUGUCAACAAUCAGAGCAUAUCGGAAUUGAUGGUGGCAGAAUUCGCAAAUUGUCAUGGGAAAAGAGCCCCAUGUGACUGCAAAGACCUAAGGGGCCGCACAAAUGAUCUGCUUGUGGUUGAAGACGACGAUUUAGACGAGCAAGACAUUGAGAUACUGAUCGCGCUGGCGAGGCUGAAAGAGUAUUCAUUUAUACAGAUACACCAGAAUGGAAAGCAGAAGAGCUAUAAUAUGCACAAGUUGGUGCAAGAUGCCGCCCGAUUUGGACUAUCUGCCGGGUUGAUGGAUGAUGAGCUAAGAUCCGGAACGAGCAGCGAAGGUGAACAAUAUUACGCUGCAAUUGCGCUUAAGGUGAUGUUGAGCGCUUUCCCAGGUUCCAAGCCGGGAAUGUGGCAGCAAAGUGAAAAGUAUGUCGAACAUGCUGUGCAAGCAGCAGAGUGGGCUGAGAUUUCAGGAACGCCAAUACGUGCAGCAAGGCUUCUUCAUGAAGUCUGUGCCUUCCUCGCGGGUCGUGGCCACAGCCUCGAAGUCAGGCGCCUUGAACUGCUGGAAAAGAACGUGUUGAUUUGUCAACAGGCUCUUGGGGGACGACAUCCAGACACCCUCCUCAUCAAGUAUCAGCUCGCAAAAGCAUAUUCUCUCCAUGGCGCCGACCAGCUGGCUAAGGAUAUGACAAACCAAGUGUAUGCGCUCCAGCGGGAGGUGCUCGGCAACACAAAUGCCAGUACAUUGAAAACCUUGACGUUGAAGGCCAGAAUUCUCUUCGAAGAGGAAAAAUUUGAAGAGUCAAAUCAACUGCUCAGCCAGGCAAUGCGCCGUUGUAGGGAUGACGGAAAAGAGAAAAGCUAUGCAGCUGCGAUAAUCCUGGACCAACAAGCACGGCUGAGCGAGAAGCAAGGCGACCUCAAGAAAGCUGCAGACCUAGCCAGUUCUAGCCUCAAAAUCUACCAGCAAAAGACAACAAACCAGGCACGAAUUCUCAGAAGCAUGGAUUUCAUGGUCAGUUUAUACAGCAGAAUAGGCAGAUAUAGCGAGGCUGUGCUCGUAGGUGAAUCUGCCUUGGAUCUGGCAAAGGUCAGAUGGGGUAGUAAACAAAUAACGACGAAUGGUCUCAUGCAUCGAUUGGCCAAGUCAUAUUUUGAGCUAGGACAAUAUGCCAAAGCCGAGCCCCUUGCAAAGGAAGCGGUACGAUUGGGCGAAGAAGUGCCGGAAAUAUCGCACAGCAGAUUGAUACGUCAAUCGAAGCGCCUGCUCGCAGAAAUGUCCAAACUUGGGUAUUGA